CUCUUUCCAGAGGACACAGCAGCCAAACCUCAGCCGGCCGAGAGAGCUCAUAUUACAGGCACAAGAGCGGCCUCCAGUGAUCAUGAAGCUACAACUACCAAAUCCAGGCCUGGAGGACAGGAUAUUGUCCCAUCAGCAGCUGGACAAGCUGGAGGAGGAAGAGGCUGGAGACAGACCAAAGUGGGACAACAAGGCCCAGUACAUGCUGACCUGUGUGGGGUUUUGUGUGGGACUUGGAAAUGUCUGGCGCUUCCCCUAUUUGUGUCAGAGUCAUGGAGGAGGUGCCUUUAUGAUUCCAUUUCUGAUCCUGCUGGUUCUUGAAGGAAUCCCACUUCUGCAUCUUGAGUUUGCCAUUGGUCAACGUUUGAGAAGAGGCAGUUUGGGAGUGUGGGCAACCAUUCAUCCUUAUUUGACUGGGAUUGGGAUUGCGUCCAUGUGUGUAUCUCUAACAAUCAGCCUCUACUACAACACCAUCAUUGCCUGGAUUCUUUGGUACUUUUUCAACUCAUUUCAAGAGCCUCUACCUUGGAGCCACUGUCCCAUGAAUGCCAAUUUAACAGGCCUUGUCUCAGAGUGUGAGAGAAGCUCCCCAGUGGAUUAUUUCUGGUACAGGGAGACCCUAAACACAACUCCAAGGAUUCAAGAGGAUGGUGGAAUGCAGUGGUGGAUACUGUUAUGUCAUAUUUGUGCGUGGUCUGUCCUCUAUAUCUGCAUCAUACGCGGGAUUGAGACCACUGGGAAGGCUGUAUAUGUGACUUCAACCCUUCCCUAUGUGGUGCUGACAAUUUUUCUGAUCAGAGGAUUGACCCUGAAGGGCUCUCUGAAUGGAGUGAAGUUUCUCUUCACACCAGAUUUGUCAGAGCUGGCAAAACCAUCAACAUGGUUGGAUGCAGGUGCUCAGGUUUUCUAUUCCUUCUCUCUGGCUUUUGGCGGUCUCAUUUCCUUCUCCAGCUACAACUCAGUGCAUAACAACUGUGAACAGGAUGCAGUGAUCAUCUCUGUUAUCAAUGGUAUCACCUCUGUCUAUGCUGCCACUGUCAUUUACACAAUCAUUGGCUUCAGAGCAACAGAAAGAUUUGACAACUGUCUUGCUGGAAACAUCAUGACAUUACUAAAUGUGUUUGAUCUUGCUGAGGACAACAUCACUGACAGCAACUACAAUCAAGUUUUACAACAUCUUAACGAAACAUAUCCUGAUGUAAUUCAAAAGAUGGAUCUGAAAACCUGUGAUUUGAAUACUUUUCUCAGUGAGGGAGUUGAAGGAACUGGUUUAGCCUUCAUUGUGUUCACUGAGGCCAUUACAAAGAUGCCCUUCUCACCACUGUGGGCGGUCCUUUUCUUCAUAAUGCUCUUCUGCCUCGGCCUGUCUUCUAUGUUUGGUAACAUUGAAGGAGUUCUAGUACCACUGCAAGACCUCAAAGUUUUCCCUAAGACAUGGCCAAAAGAGGCUGUCACUGGUGUAACGUGCGUGCUCUGCUGUCUGGUGGGUCUGAUAUUUCUCCAAGGCUCAGGGAACUAUUGGCUUUCACUCUUUGACACUUAUGGAGGAUCCAUCCCUCUGCUAGUUGUUGCGUUCUGCGAGAUGAUCUCAGUGGUAUACAUAUAUGGAAUAGACAGGUUCAAUGAUGAUAUUCAGUUCAUGAUUGGGCACAAACCCAACAUGUUCUGGCAAGCAUCCUGGAGAUUCAUCAGCCCACUCAUUAUGUUUUUCAUCUUGGUCUUUUACUUCAUCACUAAAGUAUCUGAAAAGGUCCUUUACAAAACCUGGGAUCCUGAAUCGGAGAAUUUCCCAACACUGAUAGAAAAGCCAUAUCCAGUCUGGAUCUAUGUGAUCAUCUUCAUAUUGGCAGGAAUUCCAAGUAUUGCUAUACCUUUAGUCGGUGUAUGGAAAUGUUUCAAGACAAAGAAGAGUGAUAAGUCACAUCUCUACAUUAUCUCUGACCAAAUUCUACUGAACAAUAUGACCCGAAAGUCCUCAGCCUAAUAUUCUUUUGUUAAAUUCCAAUUAUUUUUAGAAGAUAAACCCCCACUACUUUCUACUGAAUCCAGCAAAAGCAUAUACUGUAAUCUUAAAAUACAUGCACAACAGGUUGACAAACUAAUGUGAAUAACUCAUGAUUUAAUAUAAUUCAAUGCACUCCAAAAAAAACCCCAAACAAAACACAGAAACUAUGAAGUUGAGUCACCUCAGUCUCAAGGUCAGGUUUCAUAAAGGCAACCUUUUGGUGGCUAUUAUAUUGGGUUGCAUUAUGCUGUAGUUCCUGUACUCAUGAUAUUAUGGCAAUCAUCUGUUUUCUUUUAGGAACAUGGUAUGCACCAUUGGGCACAAUAUCUGAAAUAAAAUGAUAUGAUUUAUAAUCUGUUCUUGAAACACUGUCUGAAGCCUCAUAUAUAAGCCUGGUAUAUAAGGCCUGAGACAAAACCCUGCAAUUUAGAUCCCUGUUACUUCAGGUCAGACUCUGGUAACAGUGUAUAUUCCUAAGCAAGUUUAUAUAAUGUGUCUGCAAAUGAAUUGACACAAGGGCAACCCAUAAGGUUUCGGUAUAAGCCUGUAGCAGAUUUUUACCUUUGUAGGUUAAAUUUGACUGGGUGUAUAGGUAUAGUCUAUCAUGUUGUUAAAUACUUGGAUUUAAGAUUAACAGGAGGAGCUGCCCCAUAACUUGGAGCCAUGUAAUGUAGUUACUCCUUGAUGUCCAGCUGGGGUCACUAUUGUGACGUGUUUAUGGUGUUUGAGGAAUGGACAAAAAAAAAAGAGAUUAAAUCAGCUGCACAUUAUUAUUUGUAAUCACUUUCUGCAUUUGACUACAAUUUGUAUCGUGAAUUACACUAUUGGUGCUUCAUGACUGUAUUCUGUAUGAAUAUGAUAUACAAUAGAAAUUCAAUACAAGGCAUUUUGAAUAGUGUUUCUGGUGACUAAGACUGAUAAGAAAUUGCAUACACUGCAUGUUUUUGAUUCCAAUGUAAAUGGCGUUUGGUCACUAAUGUUGACUGAAAUAACCCAGACUGUAUGCAAAUAACAGUAAUGUAAACUGUAUCACAGAACAAAUUAAAAGGCAUGUCUAGAAUCA